AUGGAUGCGAUCGAGGAAUUGUCACAGCUUGCUAAUUCCAUGCGGCAAGCAGCAGCUUUGCUUGCCGACGAAGAUGUUGAUGAAACGUCGUCAUCUAGGCGUCCCUCCACUUUUCUCAAUGUUGUUGCUCUCGGCAACACUGGUGCAGGUAAGUCUGCUGUAUUGAAUAGUUUAAUUGGGCAUCCUGCAUUGCCAACUGGUGAAGGGGGUGCCACUCGUGCUCCAAUUUGUAUUGAUUUGAUGAGGGAUAGCUCGAUCAGCAGCAGAUCAAUUAUUCUGCAGAUUGAUAGUAAAUCUCAACAAGUUUCGGCAAGCGCUCUUCGGCAUUCAUUACAGGACAGACUAAGCAAAAUCUCAGGCAAGAGUCGCGAUGAGAUAUAUUUAAAGCUUCGAACGAGUACAGCUCCACCAUUGAAAUUGAUUGAUUUGCCUGGGGUGGAGAAAGGAAAUAUCGAUGAUUCAUUAAGUCAAUAUGCUGAACACAGUGACGCAAUAUUGCUGGUUGUAAUUCCUGCUUCCCAGGCCCCAGAAGUUGCCACAUGUAAAGCUAUCAGAAUUGCUAAGGAGCUUGAUGGAGAAUGUACAAGAACUGUUGGUAUUAUUAGUAAGAUAGAUCAAGCAGCUUCAGAACCAAAAAUCAUUGCUGCUGUACAGGCUCUUUUGUUGAAUCAAGGUCCACGAAGCACGUCUGACAUCCCAUGGGUUGCUUUGAUUGGCCAGUCUGUCGCCAUAGCAUCUGCUCAAUCUGGAUCUGUUGGAGCUGAUAAUUCUUUGGAAACUGCAUGGCGGGCAGAGAGCGAAAGUCUGAAAUCUAUACUAACGGGGGCCCCUCAAAGUAAGCUUGGGAGAUUAGCCUUGGUGGAAACCCUUUCUCAACAGAUUCGAAAUCGUAUGAAACUUAGGCUUCCCAAUCUCCUCUCUGGGCUUCAGGGAAAAUCCCAAAUAGUGCAGGAUGAAUUGGUCAGACUUGGUGAACAGAUGGUUAAUAGUGCUGAAGGCACAAAAGCUUUAGCACUGGAGCUUUGCCGUGAAUUUGAGGAUAAGUUCCUCCAGCACAUUACGACUGGUGAGGGUUUUGGGUGGAAAGUUGUUGCUAGUUUUGAGGGUAACUUCCCAAACAGGAUGAAGCAGCUCCCACUAGAUAGACAUUUUGACUUAAACAAUGUUAAGAGGAUUGUGCUGGAAGCUGAUGGUUAUCAGCCUUACCUUAUUUCUCCUGAGAAAGGGUUGAGGUCUUUAAUAAAGAGUGUUUUAGAGUUAGCAAAGGAACCUUCACGUCUUUGUGUAGACGAGGUGCAUCGGGUACUUGUCGAUAUUGUCUCAGCUGCUGCAAAUGCUACACCAGGUCUGGGUAGAUAUCCUCCUUUUAAGCGAGAGGUUGUGGCAAUUGCCACCACUGCUUUGGAAGGGUUUAAGAAUGAAGCAAAAACCAUGGUAGUUAACCUUGUUGACAUGGAGCGGGCAUUCGUUCCCCCUCAACACUUUAUCCGCUUGGUGCAGAGGCGGAUGGAUAGACAGAGACGCGAGGAGGAGCUGAAAACUCGAUCUUCUAAAAAAGGUGUUGAAGCUGAGCAGUCCAUGCUGAAUAGGGCCACCAGUCCACAAACUGGAGGCCAACAAAGUGGAGGGAGCUUAAAGUCAAUGAAGGAUAAACCUAAUCAGCAAGAUAAAGAUGGACAAGAAGGAUCAGGCUUGAAAACUGCGGGGCCUGAAGGGGAAAUAACAGCAGGGUUCUUAUUGAAGAGAAGUGCCAAAACUAAUGGUUGGAGUAAAAGAUGGUUUGUUUUGAAUGAAAAAACUGGGAAGCUUGGGUACACUAAAAAACAAGAAGAGCGACAUUUCCGUGGUGUUAUCACUUUAGAGGAAUGUAAUCUUGAAGACAUAUCUGAGGAAGAAGAAGCUCCUUCUAAAAGUUCGAAGGACAAAAAGGCGAAUGGUCCAGAGAAACAACCCAGUCUGGUAUUCAAACUGACAAGCCGGGUUCAAUAUAAAACUGUUCUUAAAGCCCAUAGUGCUGUUGUGUUAAAGGCCGAGAGUAUGGCAGAUAAGACAGAAUGGUUAAAAAAGUUGAGAAAUGUUAUCAGUUCUAAAGGAGGUGAAGUGAAGAGUGAAUCUGGCCCGUCCAUUAGGCAAAGUCUUUCUGAUGGUUCUCUUGAUACAAUGGCAAGAAAACCAGCAGAUCCUGAAGAAGAGCUUCGCUGGAUGGCUCAGGAAGUGCGUGGUUAUGUUGAAGCUGUUCUUAACAGCCUUGCUGCCAAUGUCCCAAAGGCUGUUGUUCUUUGCCAAGUAGAAAAGGCUAAGGAAGACAUGCUCAAUAAGCUGUACAGUUCUGUCAGUGGCCAAAGUACAGCAAAAAUUGAAGAGCUUCUCCAGGAGGACCAGAAUACAAAGCGCAAGAGGGAGCGUAUUCAAAAACAGUCUUCUCUUCUUUCCAAGCUCACCAGGCAACUCAGUAUUCAUGAUAAUCGGGCAGCUGCAGCGUCAGACUUUUCGAAUGGCGGAGCAGAAAGCAGUCCAACUUCUGCUGGACCCUCAUCAGGUGAUGAUUGGAGAUCAGCAUUUGAUGCUGCUGCCAAUGGCCCAGCUGAUUCAUAUGGGGACUCUAGGCACUCAUCCAAUGGUCACAGUCGUCGGUACAGUGACCCUGCUCAGAAUGGCGAUGUGGGCUCUGGCUCAAACUCCAGCAGCCGCCGCACCCCUAAUCGAUUGCCACCUGCUCCACCCCAAUCUGGCUCUUAUAGAUUUUAG